UCCCAGUAGCAGUGAGGGAAAGUUCGAAAAAGGCCUUUGUGAACUUUCAGCCAUCACGUCUUUACCUGGUCCUCUCUGUCUGGCAGUGGGGACACGGGGAUCCUACUGUGAUAACCCCAGAGGCAGAUGGAAGGCAUGUCUGAGGGGCACCAUCAAUGAAAGCUGACCAGGGGUGAUUAGCCACUUUUAUCAGCAGACUUUCACAGUUGAGGUUUCUGAAAACUGAAAUCGUUAACUUCCUCACUGGAAGUAGGUUGCUGCUCUGGGGACAAUAAAGGGAAGACUUAAGCUACCCCUAGUUUUCCAUAUCACAUAAGAGCUCACCUCCAUUUUAUGCUUUAAAAUAAGUGUAUAGUUAAUCCCCUUGGGAGAACUCGUGGAGCUGGUGACCUGGUAUGGACAGGUGUCACAAAGCAAAUGACAGAAGUUAGGAAUAAGAGAACCAGGAGGAGGAGAAGUGAGCACUGCAGCCAUUCACAGCCUUCUUUGUGUGGAGAGAGGGGAUUGUUUUUAGCUCAGAUAGUAACGCUUUCCCCACAGGAAUGUUCUGGUAUCUUGGGGAAGGCAGCUUUGUCUUGGCUCUCAUUAUUUCUGCUGUCCUGUUGUUGUAAUACAAGUGCUUUCUUAGAAUUGUGUUUUUAUUGCAUAGCCUUUAAAUAAAAAUCUGCCUCUGUGGGCUUACAGAGGAAAAUGAUGGUAAGUAGAGUGGCUUGAACAUGGUAAUGUUUAUUUACUUAACUGGAGUAUUUUUGGACACUUAACCAUGAACUUGGUGAUGGGGACACAGUUGAAUAAGACACAAUUCCUGUCCUUGAAUUUACUGUCUAGAGGGCGGGGAUAAAUCAGUGCCUUCUGUACAGAGAUCACUGAGAUUUUUGUCACUUCUUGUCACCUGUGGGUUUUCUGUGAUGAAAGGUAAGCAUGGCAGCUGAAAAACAUGAGGUCCAUAGGCAGUCUUGGUGACACUCUCUUUUAGUAGCCAUUAAUAAUAAUCGUAAAAGCUAAUAUUGAGUGCUUACUACAUAUUGGGUUCAGUCCUAAAAUGCUGUUAAGUUUGUAAUUCCUCUAAUUCUCACAGUGUCCCCUGUAAAUACUAUUAUAGUCUUCGUUUUACCGUUGAGGCCCAGAAAGGUUAAAUGACAUGGGUUUGAACCUAGGCAGUCUAGUUCCAGAGUCUGCUGUUUUGCCUGUUUUAAUCCAGUUUAAAUUUAAAAUAUACUUUAUGUAAAUAUACUUAUGUGGCUUUAAGUGUAAGAGAUUAUGAUUUGAAUAAGAGUAUGCUUUGUAUUACAAGUUAUGCUCAAAGUUCCUGUAUAUCCUUGAGAACACAAUUGACUAGCUGCAUAGGGUGAUUCUCUCUGUAAUGUGGGAGUUUUAAUAUAUCUUUUUAAAUGUUUAUUUUUGAGAGAGACACACAGAGCACAAAUGGGGAAGGGGCAGAGAGAGAGGGAGACACAGAAUUGGAAGCAGGCUCCAGGCUCCCAGCUGUCAGCAGAGAGCCCGAUGCAGGGCUCAAACCCACGAACCGUGAGAUCAUGACCUGAGCCAAAGUUGGACAGUUAACCAACCUGGUCACCCAGGUGCCCCUAUAAUGUGGAUUUUUAUUUUUUUUAUUUUUAUUUUUUUUAAUUUUUUUUUCAACGUUUAUUUAUUUUUGGGACAGAGAGAGACAGAGCAUGAACGGGGGAGGGGCAGAGAGAGAGGGAGACACAGAAUCGGAAACAGGCUCCAGGCUCCGAGCCAUCAGCCCAGAGCCCGACGCGGGGCUCGAACUCACCGACCGCGAGAUCGUGACCUGGCUGAAGUCAGAUGCUUAACCGACUGCGCCACCCAGGCGCUUCUAUAAUGUGGAUUUUUAAAUGAGACAUCCUUUUGCCCUUUUCCCCUUUCAUGUGUUGUGAUUAUUUUGGCACUCUUUAUAUAUCAUAUAUAUAAAAAUUUAUAAACUUAUACAUUAACAUAUAUAUAAUAUAUAAAAAAUAUAUUUUAAAGUUUUUUUAUUUUAGGGGGAGAGAGAGAGAGCACGUGAGUGAGCGAGAGGAAGCAUGCAGGAGGGGCAGAGAGAGGGGGAGAGAGGGACUCCCAAGCAGGCUCCACACUGCCAGAGCCCAAUGUGGGGCUCAAAUCCAUGAACGUGAGACCAUGACCUGAACUGAAAUAAAGAGUCAGAUGCUUAACUGACUGAGCCACCCGGGUGCCCUGGCACUCUUAAUACUCUUGCAUGUGCCUUUAUAUCAUUGUGAAAUUCAGUAAACAUACACUACUGGGUUUUUAUUUCUGUGUGUACAUAAUGGUAUUUUAUGAUGUAGUAUUCAAACUGGAGAAUUUGUGAAUUACUGGACCGACAUACUUGUUAAUGUGAAUAACUACAAAUAGAAACUUAAGUUGUACUUUCUGCAUGGCUGUUAAUUAAGACCAAUUGAUUAAAUUAAAAGAAGAACUAUAUUUGUUUUGUCCUCUGUAACAAUGGAAGAGAAGUGUAGAAGCAGGAUUGAAGUAAUGUAGAGUAGUCUAGGGGGUGCUAGAGUAACCUUAUUUUGCUGAGUUUAUUUAGGGUUGGAGUGAAACCAGCCCAAUUUACCUUCUCUUGCCUUCUGAGAAGAAAUACCUUAGAAGUCAGAGUUAAUCAAGACUGAAUCAUUGCUAGAACCACUGUUAUAAAUAGUUCUUGUGUAUUGAGUGGGCUAAUCUUCAGGGAACUCAGGCUACAUGGGACAUAAUUAUUCCCAAAGCUAUUUUUAUUUCUCUUUUUAUCUCAGAUUUAUUUAACUCUCAAAAACUAGGGGCAUGAAUAUUCUUAUUUUGAAUUAAGCCCUCUAACAUUGUGUACGUUUUUCUCUUUUGCAGUUGUGCUUCUGACUUCGUCAGGGCAUUUUCCAUACAUAUUUGUUCGUUGUUUAUAAUGUUUCUAGGAGAUGGGUAUUUAUAUUAGUUUCUUGUGGUUGCUGUAAUAAAUACCACAAACUUGGUGGCUUAGUACAUCAAAAAAAUUUUUUUUCACAGUUCUGGAGGCCAGAAGUCCGAGAUCAGACUCACUGGCUGAUGUCAAAGUGUGGGAGGACUGUGCCACCUCCAGAGGCUCUAGGGGAAAAUAUGUUCCUUGCCUCUUCUAGUUUCUGGUGACUGCCUUCAUUUCUUGGUUUGUGGCCACAUCACUCUAUUCCCUGCAUCUGUGGUCACAUUGCCUUUUCUUCUUCUGUAUGUGGUCAGAUCUUCCUCUGCCUUUCUUUUAAGUUUUUAUUUUGGGGUAAUUAUAGAGUUACUUUCAGUUGCAAGAAGUAAUACAAAAGGAACCCAUGUCCGUUUUCCCCAAGGUAACAUCUUGCAAACUUGUAGCACAAUAUUGCAACCAGAAUAUUGACAUUGAUACAGCCAAGACACAGAAUAGUUUCACCAUAUGGAUUCCUUAUGUGGUACUUGGAUAGCCACACACCCUCUUCUCUGGCAACCACUAAUAUGUUCUUCCUUUCUGUAAUUUCUGCUAUUGCAAGAAUGUUAUAUAAGUGGAAUUAUACAGUGUGUAACAUUUGGGGAUUGUCUUUUUCUAUGUAACAUAAUUCCGUGGAGGUUCAUCUAUGUUGUUGCCUGUAUCAAUGGUUUGUUCUUUUUUCUUGCUUGGUAUUCCUUAAGAUCAUUAGCAUUUGGUGUGGAUGUAUCCAUUGAAGGGUAUUUUGGGUUAGUUCUAGUUUUUGGCUGUUAUAAAUAAAGCUGUUAUGAACGUUCACAUACAGGUUUUUGUGUGGACUUAAGUUUCCAUUUCACUGGGAUAAAUGCCCAGGAAUGCAGUCGCAGGGUCAUAUUGUGGUUUUAUAGACAAAUGGGUUUGUCUCUGAACUCUCCAUCCCAUUGUCUAUGUCUGUCCUCAUGCUAGUGCCACACUGUCUUAAUUACGGUUGCUUUGUGGUAAGUUUUGAAAUCAGGAAGUAUGAGUUCUCACUUUGUUCCUCUUUUUCAAGUUUGUGUUGUCUAUUCUGGUUCCCCAACAAAUCCAUAUGAUUUAGAAUCAGCUUGUCAGUUUCUGCAAAGAACUCAGCUGUGGAUUUGGUAGUGAUUUUUAAUAUAUUCACUGAGUUGUACGACCAUUAUCACAAUUAAUUUUAAUACAUUUUCAUCACCUCAAAAAGAAGCCCUCUGUUCAUGAGCAGUGACACUUCCCUAACCCCCAACCUUUCCCCUUAGAAGCACGUUCUAAUCUGCUUUCUGUCUUGGUGUAUUUGUCUAUUCUGGACAUUUCACAUAAGUGGAGUCAUAGAAUAUGUGGUCUUUUGUGAUUGGCUUCUUUCACCCAACAUGUUUUCAAGGUUUGUCCAUGCUGUAGCAUGUGUUGGUGCAUCAUUCCUUAUGGCUGAAUAAUGAGCUGUUCCAAGGCAUGAUAGGACACAUUUUAUUUAUCCGUUGAUCAGUUGAUGAACACUUCUUGGCUAUUAUGAAUAAUGAUGCCUUGAACACUCAAGUACAAGUUUUUGGGUACAUGUAUGUUUCAGUUGUUCUUUGGUGUUCACCUAGAACUUGAAUUUCUGGGCCGUCUGGUAAACAUAUAUUUAAAUUUUGGAGGAACUGCCAGACUGUUCUCCAGGCUGUACCAUUUUACAAUCCCUCGGCGGUGUGUGAGUGUUCCCAUUUCUCUACAUCCACACCCACACUUAUUAUUACCUGUUUUUUUGAUUAUAGGGACAUUAUAGAGAAGUUACAUUAUAACAUCCCAGGAGGUGUGAGGUGUUUUGAUUUGCAUUUCCCUGAUGGCAAAUGAUGUCCAACAUCUUUGCAUGUGCUUAUUAGUCGUUUGUAUGUUUUCUUUGGAAAAAUGUCUAUUCCUAUCCUUUGCCUGUUAAAAAAAAUUUUUUUAAUGUUUAUUUUUGAGAGAGAAAGCAUGUGUGGGGGAUGGGCAGAGAGGGGGAACAGAGGAUGCGAAGCAGACUAUGUGCUGUCAGCAGCGAGACCCAUGUGGGGCUUUAACUUACACACAGUGAGAUCAUGACCUGAGCUGAAUGAAGUCAGAGGCUCAACCGACAGAGCCACCCAGGUGCCCCUUGCCCAUUUAAGAAAUUGGGUUAUUUGCUUUCUUAUUACUGAGUGAUACUAGUUCUUUAUAUAUUCUAGAUACAAAACCCCUUAUCAUAUAUAAGUUACAAAAAUUUUCUCAUGUAGGUUGCCUUUUCACUUGAAAUGUAGUUGCUUUUUAAAAUGUUUAUCUUGGGGACGCCUGGGUGGCUCAGUCGGUUAAGUGUCCUACUCAUGACUUCGGCUCAGGUCAUGAUUUCACAGUUCAUGUGUUUGAGCCCCACAUUGGGCUCUGCGUUGACAGUGUGCAACCUGCUUGGGGUUCUCUCCCUCCUUCUCCCUCUGUGCCUCACCAACUUGCACCUGCAUUCUCUCUCACACACACACACACACUCUCUCUCUCUCUAAAAAUAAAGGAAUAAACGUUAAAAAAUAGACAAAAAUGUUUGUCUUGUAUCUACAACUUUGUUGAACUCACUUAUUCUGGGAGGUUUUUGGAGUAGAUUUCUUGGGAUUUUCUGUGUAAACUAUCAUGUCCUCUGCAAAUAAAGACAGUUUUACUUCUUUUCUGUGUAGCUUUUAUUUCCUUUUCCUGUCUCCUUGCAUUGACUAGUAUUUCCAGUACAGUGUGAACUAGAGUGGUGAGAGGGGACAUCCUUGCCUCAUUCCCAGUAAUGGGGAUUGUGCAUUUUGUCUUCUAUCAUUAAGUAUAAUAAUGUUUACUGAGGGUUUUUGUAGAUGCUCAUUACCCGGUUGAGGACAUUCUCCUUUAUUCCAGUUUUUUUCUGAGAGUUUAUCUCAUGAACAGGCAUUGAAUUUUAUCAGAUAAUUUUUCUGUAUAGAUUAGUGUGGUCAUGUGGAUUUUUUUUUCAGUUUGUUAAUAUUGUGGAUUACACUGAUUGAUUCUUGAAUAUUGAACUAACCACGCAUCUCUGAUUAAAUUCAACUUUUUAUGUACUGCUGAAUUUUAUUUGCUAAUGCAUUGUUACGUAUUUUUGUGCCUCUAUUCAUAUAUCGGUCUGUAGUUUUAUUUUUCUUGUACUAUUUUUUCUCUGGUUUUUGCAUCGGAGUAAUAUACUAGCUUCAUAAAUGGAAUUGGAAAGUGCUCCCUAUUCUUGUAUUUUCUGGAAGUGAUUGUGUUAACUCCUUUUUAAAAAUUUGGUGUAAUUCUCUGAUGAAACAAUCUGGGCCAGGAGAUUUCUUUUUCCAGUGGUUUUUAAUUAUGAGUUCAAUUUUCCUAAUGGUUACAGGGCUUUUCAAAUUACCUGUUUCAUUUUGGGUGAGUUGUAGUCUGUCCUGCACACAGAGUGGGGCUCCUCAUUGCUGCCUGGCAGGGGUGGGUAUUUCAGUUCCCCUCUAGGCCUCCGCUGAAUACUACUCUGCAAACUUGACUGUUUCCUGCCAUGGGCCUCCGCUGACCUUGCUGGGAGGGGUGGCUUUCCUACCCCACACUAUGGAGGUGGUGAAAGUCUUGCCUCUCUACUAGGCCUUGCCGCAUACUGCCCACAUGGGGAUGGGAAGGAGUGCCUUGUAACUGUCACGGGAGUAAAGUCCAGCCUCUACAGAUAGUUUCCAUAGACACUGUGUGGCUGGGGAAGGGAGUCUUAAACCUACCUGGCAGGGAAGUCUGGCCUUUGAUAUCACCCUUGCAGGGGUAAAGGAUUGGCUAAGGGAAGGAGUCAUGUUGAGGUGUAAUGUUACAGCCUGGUGGGAGUGAAAGGUUAGCUCCCUACUUGGCCAAUGCUGUAGUGGAUGGCGUGGGCCACAGUUUUGUCUGUGGUUUUUGGCUGGAGUGCAGUGGUUGUUAUCUAAAAGUUUGUUGUGCUGUUUUCUUGGUCCUUUGAAAGAGAAGAGACUUUUUUUUGCCUAACCCCCUUUGGCGUUUCUGGAUAACUGGCUUCUUCAACUCCAUGUCCGUAUGGUAUAUGAGCCAAAAGGAAAGCCCAGGAGAUUCACCACUGUGUUGUUCCAUGGGUCUCGGGUUCCCAGCUGGUGUGCCUUUCUCUCUCCACCUUCAGAGUCUUCUUUUGUUUGUGCAGGGUUUUUCAAUUGCAAUUAGCUAGAACAGUAGGGGCAGCAGAUCUAAUCGACUUUACCAUAGGUGGAAGUUGGACUGGGAUUGUUUUUUUUUUUUUUUUAUGGAAGAAAACAUAGGAUAGAAAUUAAGAUACAUAAAUAGGCCAGUAAGAGACUGAAGAAGUUAAUUUUGGGUCAUUUACUUGGAAGUGAUAGUUUAACUCUGUCUUUAUUUCUCCAGAGAGUAAUUCCUUGUGUCUUUGUUCAGUAAAACCAUGCCUUCAUUCGUUCUAGAUCUCUUAAGAAAUUUGACAAUCUAGUGGAUUAUUUCUGUAUUUGUAUGUGUGUGUGUGCAUGUGCAUAUGUGCAUGUGUAUAUAUAUAUACAUUUAUAAAUUCAUAGUGAAUCUAAAUUUCUGGCUAGUAUGUGACAGAGAAAAUGUUAUCUUAGUGGAAGAUUAGUUUUCUGGAGAGGACUCCGUUUUUCUAGAGGUUGUUGGAAACCUUGAAGCUGUGGAUUCUUUUCUAAAAGGAGAAAUAGGCAUUGUGCAUAGUGAUUAAGAGCUAUGUAAGGACAUUCUGUGAAAGUCUUUCAGUAACCCAGAGGAUUACUGGGGUCUUCGUUGGAAACCGUGUGAUGUCUGGAGCACUUUUGCGGUAGGUUUAGCCUAUGGGGUCUGCAGCUUUUGUUUUUUCAUUUAUUUUACAACUUUGUAAGUUGUCAGUAACUGACAGCAAUGCAAAUUCUUUUUUUUUUUUUUUAAAGUUUGUUUAUGUAUUUUGAGAAGGAGAGCGAGGGUGAGUGAUCAAGGGAGAGGCAGAGAGAGAGGGAAAGAGAGAGAAUCCCAAGCAGUGUCCAAACUGCCAGCACGAAGCCCAACUCGGGGCUUGAACCCAUGAACUGUGAGAUCACGAUCUGAGCCGAAACCAGGAGUCAGUCACUCAACUGACUGAGCCAUUGAGGUGCUGCAAAUUAUUCUUGUUCUUAAGACAUGCAUAUGAAUUUUUUGUUUGGAGAUACAAUUUACCUCUUUUCCUCUCUUCUGUAAGAGGCCAAGUUUUGGAUCUAUUAAGCAAAUUCGUUUCACCAUUUUUUUUUUAAAUGUUUAUUUCUUUUUGAGAGAGAGAGAGAGAGAGAGAGAGAGAGAGACAGAGCGCAAGCAGGAAAGGGGCAGAGAGAGAGGGAGACACAGAAUCUAAAGCAGGCCCCAGAUUCUCAGCUGUCAGCACAGAGCCCGCUGUGGAUCUCGAAUCCACACACUUCGAGAUCAUAACCUGAACUGCAGUUGCCACCCAGGUGUCCCUCGUUUCACCAUUUCUGAUUGCCUAUAUGUUUGUGCUUUUUGGAUUCACUUUUGAGCCAGAUGGAACAUCUUAUUUGGGCCAUAAUUAGUAAGUAAAGUAAAAUCAUAGACAGGUAUUCAUUUUAUAUUUGCAUGGAAGACACCAAGUUAUCUUUUUAUUUGUUUAAAUAAUCCAUUAACAGCUUGAACUGUGAAUUUAGCCUGAUGGGCUUGAAUCCCUUGGUAGCAUUUCCUGUCCUUGUGAUUCGGAGCAGGGGAUUUUGUUUUUUAACCUGUUUAACCACUGGGAGUAGCCUCGGUGCUUUUUCUGCUGUGGUGGUUGUGAGGCUUAAGAGAGAUGUCACACCCUUCUCACAGUACCUCCUACAUCUGAAGAACUGUUUUGUUAUUAGAAGACUGUGGACAAUUGGGGCGCCUGGGAGGCUCAGUCUGUUGAGUGUUCGAUUCAGCUCAGGUCAUGAUCUCACGGCUUGUGAGCCCCAAGUCGGGCUCUGUGCUGACAGCUCGGAGCCUGGAGCCUGCUUUGGAUUCUGUGUCUCCCUCUCUCUCUGCCCCUCCGCCACUCAUGUUCAUUUUCCCUCUCUCUCUCUCCCUCUCUCCCUCUUCCCCCCCUCAAAAAUAAAUAAACAUUAAAAAAAAUUUAGAAGACUGUGAACAACUGAUUUUAUUUUCCUGAGACGUAAGUUCUUAAUUUGUAACAAAAAAUGAAGGGAUUUUUUUCUUGAUUGUUAGGUCCUAGAUUUCACUGGUGAUAAUUGGAAAGAAUGAAGCAAAGCAACUGAUAACAGUUGCUUUUGGAAGUGAGGACAUUUUAAACAUGCACGUGACCUUGCUGCUCUGAGAAAGGGAAGUGGACAGUCUGAUCUGAUGAGCAGUUCCUUACAACAGUGGCCUGGUAAUUUAAUUCAGCAAACAUUGGUCAUGGAGAUCCUGUUUUGCUUUCCUUUGUACUAGGAAGAAGCAUUAGGGCUGGAAAUGUGGCUUAACAAGUUGAAGUAAACAUUGGAAAACAUAUUGGAGACUAGGAAAUACUCUCUGAAUAAUCAUGGUGUCAUGGAAAGGGAUUUACUUCAUACUCACUCUGUUUUGGGGAAGCUUUUUUGGAAGCAUAUUCAUGCUGGGUCCCUUUUUACCUUUGAUGUUUGUAAACCCAUCUUGGUAUCGCUGGAUCAACAACCGCCUCGUGGCAACUUGGCUCACACUACCUGUGGCAUUGUUGGAGACCAUGUUUGGUGUAAAAGUUAUUAUAACAGGUGAUGCAUUCGUUCCUGGAGAAAGAAGUGUCAUUAUCAUGAAUCAUCGGACAAGAAUGGACUGGAUGUUCCUGUGGAAUUGUCUGAUGAGAUAUAGCUACCUCAGAUUGGAGAAAAUUUGCCUCAAAGCCAGUCUCAAAAGUGUUCCUGGAUUUGGUUGGGCCAUGCAGGCUGCUGCCUAUAUCUUCAUUCAUAGGAAAUGGAAGGAUGACAAGAGCCAUUUUGAAGACAUGAUUGAUUAUUUUUGUGAUAUCCAUGAACCACUUCAACUCCUCAUAUUUCCAGAAGGGACUGAUCUCACAGAAAGCAGCAAAGCUCGAAGUAAUGAUUUUGCUGAAAAGAAUGGGCUUCAGAAAUAUGAAUAUGUCUUACACCCAAGAACUACAGGCUUCACUUUUGUCGUAGACCGCCUAAGAGAAGGGAAGAACCUUGAUGCCGUCCAUGACAUCACAGUGGCAUACCCUCACAACAUUCCUCAGACAGAGAAGCACCUUCUCUACGGCGACUUUCCCAAGGAGAUCCACUUCCACGUGCACCGCUACCCAGUGGACACUCUCCCUGCCUCCAGGGAGGGCCUCCAGCUCUGGUGCCACAGGCGGUGGGAGGAGAAGGAACAGAGGCUGCGCUCCUUCUACCAAGGGGAGAAGAGCUUUCACUUCACCGGCCACACCAUAAUUCCACCUUGCAAGUCUGAGCUGAGGGUCUUUGCGGUCAAACUGCUCUCUAUACUUUAUUGGACCCUGUUCAGCCCUGCAAUGUGCCUCCUCAUAUAUUUGUACAGUCCUGUUUGGUGGUAUUUUAUCGUCACCAUUGUUGUCUUUGUGCUACAAGAGAGAAUAUUUGGUGGACUGGAGAUCAUUGAACUUGCAUGUUACCGUUUUUUACACAAGCAGCCACAUUUAAAUGUAAAAAAAAAUGAGUGAGCUCGUAGGGUAACAACCCAAGGGUCUUUUGGAGAUGUGUUGAGCCUUUUUAAAUGGAGGUGCAUUUUUGCAUGACUAUGUCAGAUAUUUCUACUACCAUCAUUAUUUGUUAAAGAUAUUUUGCACUUAGUUUUGUGGGAAAAUAUUGCUACACACGAUUUUUUUUUUUAAAUCUCUGAAUGUAAUUUCAAUACACGAAGCAGGGAGCGAUCGCUGUGAAAUAACUCGGGCCAGAGUUUUAUUAAGCAAUCUCCAGGCUGUUAAGGUACACAUACACGAUUUUCCUACAGGCCCAGUCCUCUUCCCUAACCAAUUCCCCAGCCAACUCCCCAGACAAGAAGCAGAUCUGGGGCUUGGGAGCACUGGCUCAGAUCAAGUGCUGGCACUUGACUGUUGAGGUGAGGGCCCUUCUUCCCAGCUCCCUCCCUCGGCACUGUCCCCACACUCAUUUCUACACCAGUCAGAUCACUGCAGCCUUCCUUAAGGCCAGAGACCAGAAAUCCCUUGCCCUUAAACCAACCAUUUCGAUAAGAAGCCCUUCAUUACUCAUCAAACCUUGGCAUUUAGCCUUGCACUGACCUAGACAUCAGAAGGCCACCUGUGCCCUCUUUUCACACGAAGACCUGGACAUGUCUCAGGGAGCAACCACAGGCUCUCCACUUAGAAACCUUGGUUUGAGUUUUUAAAGAUAGGAAUUAAUACAGUUCUUCAUUUCUACGUACUCUAGCAUGCUCAGUGCCGGGGUCUCUGCUGCUUAUUGGCAGGUGUAGCUCUUUCUGCGUAAAAACGAUACACAUCACAUCACUUACCUUUCUAAAGGAACAGCAUAGAGAAGGUUCUGUUCUUGGAGUCAGAAAUUCUCGAAGUUGUGUCUUUUGAAAUAUUUCUUUCAAACCUGCCCCCAGAGAGAAAGUUAUUGUAUUUCUUGUACGUGCAUAGGUAUCUGUAACAUCUGCCACGAAAACAACAGCACUUGCAGACGGGGCAGUAAUGCUUUAUCCUAAAUUAUUCAACCCUCGUAGCCUUGACAAAUUUUACUCUUGGAACCAAAAUGGUAGCACGAAAAUGAACCCCUUUUUAAGGAUAACCAGGGCUCGCUCACUCUUUUUGGGCCCAGGCUUCUUUUCAGUAGUAAAAUUCAGACCCACUUUUGACCAGUUGUUUGCCUCAGUAGUCCUCGAUUUGGAGCCCAUGGGAAAUCCAGCAAACCAACAGCACCAAUCUCCUCUGAGGCAGAAGUGCGGGGUCAUGUUCCCCACCCUGCUGGGGCCAGGCACUGUGCUUUUCGUCAUAGGACGGGGGUGCUGGUCAGAGGCAGUGAAAAGCCUUUAGCUGUUAGCAAACCCGUCUACUUCACCCCUGCCUUGAACCAGCCUCAAAAGCCAUUGCUUUAUUACUCUUUUGGCAUGAAUGCCUUCUCCUUAAUUACGGCCUCUUUUUGCUCCACAGCGACUUUUAGCCCUACAAUUGAAGUGUGCAUUGCCGUGAAAGGUGAGCACAUCGUGAGCCCAACUUACGGAGGACAUUCUUUCAGAGUACAGGUUGCGCGUACGACUCUGCUGACACAUCACCUCUCCUGGGAGGGACCUGACCAGUGCCGCGCAGACACGCACCAGCCUGUAUUUAUCUGCUCCCCCAAGGCUGUUCUUAAUGCUGCUUGGAGCUACUAAUUCGUUAUUAUGAACAUCUGCUCUAAACCCAGCUGUUGACUCUCCUGGCUUUUUCAGGUGUUUUCUUUUUUAGCUUUUUUUUUUUUCCUUAAUGAAAGAAUUUUCUAAUUUAGGUUUCUCUCAGACUUCCUUUUGGUUAUAUUUGGAAACAUAGAAGGAGUUUCACAGUCAGCAUCGCAUUCACAUUGUCCUGGGCGGUAGAGAAAAGCUGUUUCCCGCCCCACACUUUAUACUGCUGCCCACCGCUCUCUUCCAGCUUCUCAUGGCUCCUGGUUUAAGUAUAACCUCCAUAUGAGGCGUGAGAUCCGUAAAAGAGGAAAUCUUUUUUUUUCUUUCGUAGAAAAUGUUUUCCUUUUGAUCAUAAAAAAAUACACAUAGAAGAUUCAAACUUUGUUUUAUCUACCCAAAAUUCGUACACACUAGAACUGGGGAAUAAUAGACCUUGUACCUGCUGAAUCAGGAAUAACUUCAAAAAGAAAAAAGCUGCUUCUUGUUGGUUUUUUGGUUUGGGGGGGAGGGGGUCUUUGUGUUUUUGCAACAAGGCGUCUUUUAAAAUCAUAAUUAUUUGUGUUCCUACAUAUUGGUCCUUUUCUUUUAAAAAGUGUUCAAGAACUAUUCAUUUGAUGAUUUGGAACUCAGAGCUUUGUAAAAUUGGUAACAAAACGUCAAGCAGGAAGUAAUUGAACUUUGGUGUCGUGAUCGGCCUCAGGAAUGCACCCCCCCCCUUCCCACCCCUCACCCUGGACUCCACAGCUACUUGUCAGGCUGCGUCUACACACCAUACCCCACUUCACACCCUCUCAGGCCCUUGAAGGUAAACCCAUUGGACCGUGAAACAUUUACAGUACUGUCUGUCCAAUUUGCUCGAUCUUCACUGUUGAGAAGCGUUUUAACUGAAGUGUGGUUUGUGUGGGCCGUGAACCAUUGUACUUGAAGUAGGCACCUGCAGGGAAGGGCACCGGCCAGGUCACACGUUCUAGCAGACCCCACUGAUGAAGCAGGCCAAAGCCAUUGUGCAAAUCAGAAGCAAGUGGUGAGAGGCGGGAAGAAAACACGGUCAGCGGCUGUAAUUUGAAAGUCCCACUAAAACCCUUCCUUGUUUGUUAUAACACUAACCCACAGCUUAGGGAGAAAUACCAGCUUCCCUUCAUGUCACUUUGAAAUUCAUUCCUUCCUCCUCACCACAUCAGGAGUCGGACGUUGGUGGCCAAGCCUGAAUUCUGCAGAAAGGGGGCCCUUCUCGUUUCACCCAGGCCGCGACCAUGAUGCCCCUGUGCACUUCCCUAAUCGACACUCUGCUGGAGGGAGCCUGUUGGUAGCCAACUGUUUACAUUUCUUUAUAUAAAUAAUGUGCUUUCAGUGCCUUAGUUACGGGUCCCUUUCUUUUUCUUGUUCCAGGAAUUCUGCAAUGUGUUUCUUAGGUAAAAGUCUCUCUUUGCUACUCACUGGGAAGAAAAUGGUUUGUAAACACUGGUCACUGUCGUAAACUUUGUGAUGACAUCCAGAGAGGAGAGCUAGAUGCUGAGGUGGCUUUUGCCUUAGAGCUGUUAUUUAUGCCGUAGGAAACAAAAACGGUCCUGUCACACCAUGAGCUUCAGAUUGGAGAUGACCCAAAAGCCACCUUGUACCGACCUUAAGUUUUUAUUUCAGAAGAGAAUCUUGGUUUUGGUAAUUUAUUUUUUAAAAGAUUAUGUACAAAACACCAAGUUUUAAAAAUAACUCACAGAAUGGCCUUAGUUUUCAAUGUCCACUGGUAUGUUUGUGAGUUGUGUUAUCCGUAAUUUACAUCCCAGAAUAAAGUGGAAUGAAUUAGAUACAGUU